AUGAAGCCGUCUUUAAAUUUGUUAAAAUUUUUGAAGUGUAAUUCGUCUAUUAUUCAACAAAUUCAAUCAAAAUGUGCUGCUUCUAAUGCUGCUUUUUCGUUUGCUUCUCCAGAACCAUCAGUUAACCAACAACCACCAGAAAAUCAAGAAAAACAACAAAAUGAUUCAAAUAAAAAUACAAUUAUUACAUUGGAAUUAGAACAAUUACAAAAUAGUAAUGAAAAUGAAAAGCCUCAAGAAUAUUAUAAUGUUGGUCGUUUGAAAAAUUUUAUAGCUAAAAUAUCAGCUAAUAAUUAUUUUGAAGAGAAAUAUAGAAUGUCAUUAAUCAAAUCCUCAGCAAAAUUGUAUUAUGAUUGUUCAAACAACUUUAAUUUUAUUACCCUUCAUAAAGAAUUUGGCUUGGAGGAUGACUUUGGAACAUGGUAUCGGUUAACUCUUUUACAUAUUUGGAUGAUUUUAACACGUUUACAACAAACAAUGGAAGCUUAUUCAUAUUGUUAUGUAAAGAAAAUGAUUACACAAAAUUUUCACCAUGACAAAACCAAUAGAUAUAAUACUGUUUAUAAAGACCAACCUUCACUCAAGUUAAAAAGGCGUUCAAAUUUUCGACAACUUUAUUAUGAUGUUUAUAUGAAUUCCUUGUUUGAAUACGAUGAUGGCUUUCUUGGCGACGAUAAAUACCUCGCUGCUGCUGUUUGGCGUGCUUUAUAUUUAAUGGAGGAUGAGGCAGAUAUUAUUUAUAUUGAAAGGGUUGUGCGUUACAUUCGAGCUACGCUUCAUUUUCUCGACAAAAUUGAUACUGAAAUACUCCUUGAGAAAGGUCUAGAUAAAUGGGAACCUGCUGAUGAAAUUGUUAAAAAAAGAGUAAAAUUAGGAGAAAAUUAA